CUCUGAAUAACUCAUGUGGAGGUUAACAAUCAGACAAAAAUUGUCACUCACUGAGGCACAUUGUAAAUCAUACCUUUUGUUUUACGAACAGUAACAUAUUCAUUCAAUUCAGUUAAAAAGUCAACAUGAAUCCACAGGGAGGUUUACCACAAAUGGAUACAGAAGCUACAGUCAAGCAGUUCAAAGAAUUUUUAUCACAGUAUAACAGAUUGACUGAAAUGUGUUUCAUUGACUGUGCAAAAGAUUUCACUACAAGAACUGUACUGAAGGCUGAAAAUAACUGUGCCCUAAAUUGCCUAGAAAAAUAUCUCAAGAUGACACAAAGGAUUUCACAAAGAUUUCAAGAAUAUCAGCUUCAGCAAUCUGAAGCCUCAACACCUGUAAGAAAUGUGUCAGGGACCUGAUCUUAGCAUUCACCUUAACUGGAUCACAUCAUAAUACUAAAAAUUAUUAAAUACUUUGAAGAUUUUGAUAUUCAUUAAAUCAUGUGUUGACUUUUAA